AUGAGAACUAUGAAAGAACAAUGGGACUCGUUUGAAACAGGGAAUCUCACAAAGGAAACAACAAAGGAUCUGUUGAGAUUAUGUGGAUUUGCGCCUCGAGAAAAAGACAUAUCAAUACCUAGGACAUUUGAUGAGUUUGAGCAGCUUGCGUCCAGCAUUGCAUCACCAAUACCGAAAGACGAGAUGAAGAAGAUGUUGAAAAUGUUUAUACAUGAAACACACAUCACCAAACAGGAUCUUGGAAAGUACAUGUCGAUGGGGGACAAGUUAAGCGAAGAAGAGAUGGAGGAGUUCUUUAGAAGCUGUCCAUUUGACAGAAACGGGGAGAUCACUGCCGACGAGCUUCUUGACUUUCUGUAUGGUUCACAAUGA